AUGCCUGUGAUUCCCGAAGCAUCCGAUUUCCCGUCGGCCUCUAAGAAGGGCUCCACAGAGAGCCAGAACAAAUCCGGCGAGCAGCGCGACAAAGCCACUGCUGCAGACCACCUUUCAAAGGGCCCUCAAAUCCCUGAUGAGAUGCCACCCAAGGCCUCGAGAGAAGAGACUGAGGCCCGGAUGAAAGAGUUAAACAAGUGA